AUGAAAAUUACUAGUCUUCAUUUUUUAAUAUUUCAUAAAAACUUAAAUUACGUUUCAUCAAAAGUUAAAGCGAAAAAAAUAUUUUAUCAGAGGGCUUUGAAUAAUAUAUAUCUUUGUACUAUUAGAACGAUGAUUGUUGAUAUAGCUGAAAUAAAGAAAAGAGAUAAUCAUGCAUUAGACACUCAGGAAUCGCAAGAAUUGGUAAACAAAAUAAAAGAAAUAAAAAACAGUGACGAACAAAAUAAUAGUAAUAAUAAUAAUAAUAAUAGUAGUAGUAGUAAUUUUUGUAGUAAUAAUAAUUCUCCCUUUAGUCACAAAGAAACCAAACUUAUGGUUAAAGAAGAGGUGCCAAAUUCUAUUGUUAAGAAUAUUCUAAAUAAUAAUAGUUGUGCUACUAGCAUAAUUAAUAAUAAGUUUUAUACACAGAUAAAUAAUAUUAUACCCGUAAAACCAGAAGCUAUGAAAGAAGAAAAUAUAAACGUUUCGACAGUAAAUACUGAGAAUGAUAUAUCCAAAGAGAAAAAAGAAAAUUCACAUUAUUUUUGUGAUGAGAUAAAGGUUAUGAAAAAAGAAUACUCAAAGGAUGAUUUCGUAACAGAUGUAAAAUUAGAAAUGAAUGAUAAAGAAGAAGAAGAAGAAGAAAAACAAAAGAUUGGUCAAGAGAGUACGCAUAUAAAUAUUAAAGUUGAAAAAGAUACAUUUAACGAAUGCAACAAUUCUAAUGUUAAUGAAAAAAAACGAAACAGAUCUGUAGAUAUACAUAACGAAUUAAGUAAUAAAAGAAUAUUAACAGAAGAUGUUGUAGUAAAGUGUAAUAUAAAGAAUGAUGUUAAAAUUAUUGUUACAUGGAAUAUGAAUAGUAUAACUGUACGUUAUAAGAAUAAGAAGAAAUGGGAUGAAUUUAUGAAUUUUUUUAAUAAUCUUAAUGCUGAUGUGUUAUGUUUUCAAGAAGUUCGAUUACCAGCUAUGAAUUUAUCAGAACCAUGUGAUAAUAAAAAUAAGAAUAAAAAUAAAAACGAUGGAAUACGUGAUAGAGGGAAAAUAAAAAAUAGUGAUCAGAAAAGUUUAGCUGAUUAUGAAAUUAUGGAACAAAUAUUAAAUGAUGAUUUUAAAGAUUAUAAUGCUUAUUUUAGUUUAGCUAAUAUUAAAUAUAGUGGUCAAUUGGUUUUAGUAAAAAAGAAUAUACAUAUAGAAUCUAUAAGAUAUAAUUUAUUUUUUGAAAACAAUGCACAUAUACAUCAUGAUGAAGGCCGUGUUAUUUUAGUUGAAUUUUCAAAUUUCUUUUUAUUAUCAACAUAUACACCUAACAAUGGUUUUGACCAUGUGAAAUUUGAAAGAAGAAGACUAUUUGACGAACAAUUACAAAAAUUUGUUACAAUUCUUAGAAAUGAAAAACAAAAACCAUUAGUAUGGACAGGAGAUUUAAAUAUAGCUCCAGAAGAUAUUGAUUUAUCGCAUCCGGCUGAAUUUAGAAGAAUGAAAAAAGGAAAUGUUCCAAAAGAAUUUAUAGGCCAACCUGGGUGUACUGAUUUUGAAAGAAAAAAUUUCCAGAAAAUUUUAACUGCUGGAAAUUUAGUUGACUCAUAUAGAUAUUUACAAAAUAUAAAACUAAAUGAAGAUAAAAAGAAUAAUAUUAAACACACUCCUAAUAUUAAUGAUAAUAUUUAUACUUGGAGAUGUCCAUUUCUUCUUGGAAAAUCAUGUAAUAAAGCUAUGAGAAUUGAUCAUUUUAUUGUAUCCAAAGAAUUUCUUAACCGUAUUAAUAAAAUACAUAUUCAAGGAUUUAGUGUUUUCCAUAAUAAUUUCUAUGGAUCUGACCACUGUCCAGUUAUAUUAUACCUCAAAAAUGAAUAA